CGGAAGCUGGUGAGCGGCGGAGAUGAGCGUUUCUCUGGACAUCCGACUGAAGCGGGCGAAUAAAGUCUACCAUGAGGGGGAGCGUCUGUGUGGGCUGCUGGUGGUGGUCAGCAGAGACCCGCUCCAGCAUCAGGGAGUGUCCCUCAGUCUGGAGGGUCUCGUCAACCUGCAGCUCAGCGCAAAGAGCGUCGGUGUGUUCGAGGCCUUCUACAACUCUGUCAAGCCCAUCCAGCUGGUGUCCAGCACUAUGGAGGUGGCCAAGCCGGGGAAGGUUCCGGCGGGCAGGACUGAGAUCCCCUUCGAGUUCCCUCUGCAGGCUAAAGGAAACAAGCAGCUGUACGAGACCUACCACGGCGUGUUCGUCAACAUCCAGUACACACUCCGCUGUGACAUCAGACGCUCACUGCUGGCCAAAGACCUCAGCAAGAGCUGCGAGUUCAUGGUGCACUGUCAGCCACAGAAGGCCAAGCUGCAGCCUAACCCAGUGGACUUCAGCAUCACACCAGAGACUCUGCAGAACAUCAGAGAGCGGGCGUCUCUGCCGCGGUUCCUGAUCCGGGGUCAUCUGGACGCCACCUGCUGCUCGAUCACGCGUCCCCUGAGCGGAGAGCUGGUGGUGGAGAACUCAGAGGUGCCCAUCAAGAGCAUCGAGCUGCAGCUGGUGCGGGUGGAGACCUGCGGCUGUGCAGAGGGCUACGCCAGGGACGCCACAGAGAUCCAGAAUAUCCAGAUAGCAGAGGGUGACGUGUGUCACGGGCUCUCCAUCCCCAUCUACAUGGUGUUCCCCAGACUCUUCACCUGCCCCACGCUCGAGACCACCAACUUCAAAGUGGAGUUCGAGGUCAACAUCGUGAUCGUCCUCCACGAUGAUCAUCUGAUCACAGAAAACUUCCCCCUGAAGCUGCUGCGGCUGUGAUGCGGAUCCUCCGUCUCGGAUGAUUCAGUCUGGAUCUGCAGCUCAUCUCUCCUCAUCUAGAUCAUGUUCCCCCUCAGCAUCACUGAUCUCCGUCACACAGGAGAAUCCCUCAUCCAUGAAGCCACAGCGUCAGUGAACUCUCUGCGCCUCCUGCUGCAGAGCCGCGCGGCCAAUGAUGACCGACUCUCCUCCUCAUCUUCCCCUGAGCGGGGUUUCAGGUGUUUCUCCACAGCAGUGAACACGGAGCGCUUCAGCUGAAGAUCAGCACUCACCAGAGAAUAAUCAGCGUAUGAUGAUGAUCAGCACUCUGCUGUGUGUGUGUGUGUGUGUGUGUGUUGCUUUGGCACAAAUAAAAGUGUGUUUCAUUCA